AUGGUUAGCACAUGGAGGAUGGGGCCCUGGGCCGUCCUGUGGAUGACACUCUGGCUCUUCUGCCUCCUGCCCUCUGCCAGGGCCCAGACAAAGAUCCCACUGGAAACGGUGAAGGCUUGGGCAGAUGCCUUUGGUGGGGAGCUGUACUCCAUUGUGACCAAGUAUUCAGGCUCUCUCCUGUUGCAGAAGAAGUACAAAGACGUGGAGCCAACCCUGAAGAUCAAAGAGGUGGAUGGCUUGGAGCUGGUGAAGAAGUUCUCAGAGCAGAUGGAAAGCAUGCUCCGCAGGAAGGUCGAAGCCGUUGAGAGGUUGGUGGAUGCAGCAGAAGAUGCAGAUCUGAACCAUGAGUACAACUCCUCACUGGAGUUUGAUUACUACAACUCUCUCCUGAUUAAUGAUAAGGAUGAAAACGACAAUUAUGUAGAGCUUGGAGAUGAAUUCAUUUUGGAGCCAAAUGAGCAUUUCAAUAACCUGCUGGUGAACACAACGUACAGUGAUAUCCAGCUCCCCACCAACGUCUACAACAAAGACCCGGACAUCCUGAAUGGUGUUUACAUGUCAGAAGCCCUGAAUCCUAUUUUUGUGGACAACUUUGAAAGGGAUCCCACUCUGACAUGGCAGUACUUUGGCAGCUCCACUGGAUUCUUUAGGCUUUACCCAGGAAUAAAAUGGUUACCAGAUGAGAAUGGAGUCAUUUCCUUUGACUGCAGGAAUCGUGGCUGGUACAUCCAAGCAGCCACCUCCCCCAAGGACAUUGUCAUCAUUGUGGACGUCAGUGGGAGUAUGAAGGGCCUGCGGAUGACCAUUGCCAAACACACCAUUACCACCAUAUUAGAUACUCUGGGAGAAAAUGACUUUGUCAACAUCAUUGCAUAUAAUGAUUAUGUUCAUUUUAUUGAACCCUGUUUUAAGGGUAUCCUGGUCCAAGCAGACAGAGAUAACAGAGAGCACUUCAAGCAGCUGGUGGAUGAACUGCAGGCAAAAGGAGUUGGCACUGUGAACAAGGCUUUGACAGAGUCCUUCAAAAUACUGAGGGAGUUCAGAGAGGCUGGUCAAGGAGGCUUGUGUAACCAAGCUAUCAUGCUGAUCACAGAUGGAGCAGUGGAGGAUUAUGAAGCUGUGUUUGAAAAGUACAACUGGCCAGAUCGGAAGGUCCGGGUUUUCACUUACCUCAUUGGACGGGAGGUCACUUUUGCCCCCAACGUGAAAUGGAUCGCCUGCAACAACAAAGGCUACUACACUCAGAUCUCCACGCUGGCAGAUGUCCAGGAGAACGUGAUGGAAUACCUGCAUGUCCUCAGCCGCCCCAUGGUCAUCAACCACGACCAUGACAUUAUUUGGACUGAAGCCUACAUGGACAGUGCGCUGUUUGCAUCUCAGGCUCAAAGUCUGUUGCUCAUGACAACAGUGGCUAUGCCAGUCUUCAGCAAAAAGAACGAGACGCGAUCUCAUGGCAUCCUCCUGGGUGUGGUGGGCUCCGAUGUACCACUGAGGGAGUUGUUAAAACUUGCUCCGCGGUAUAAGCUGGGUGUCCAUGGAUACGCCUUUCUGAACACCAACAACGGGUACAUCCUUUCACAUCCAGACCUCCGUCCUUUGUAUAAAGAAGGAAAGAAACUGAAGCCUAAGCCAAACUACAACAGUGUAGAUCUCUCAGAAGUGGAAUGGGAAGACCGUGAUGAAAUACUGAGAACUGCCAUGAUCAAUGGGGAAACAGGUUACCUCUCUAUGGAUGUGAAGGUCCCUGUGGAUAAAGGGAAACGAGUUCUUUUCCUCACCAAUGAUUAUUUCUUUACGGACAUCAGUGGAACACCCUUCAGCCUGGGUGUUGUGCUGUCCAGGGGACAUGGGGAGUACAUUCUGCUGGGGAACACUUCUGUGGAAGAAGGUUUGCAUGACCUGCUCCAGCCAGACUUGUCUUUAGCGAAUGAAUGGAUUUACUGCAUCACCGACAUUGAUCCGGACCACCGGAAGCUCAGCCAGCUGGAGGCUGUGAUCCGAUUCCUCACCGGAGAGGAGCCUGACCUGGAAUGUGAUGAGGAGUUGGUCCAGGAAGUGCUGUUUGAUGCAGUAGUCACUGCACCCAUGGAGGCCUACUGGACAACACUAGCCCUCAAUAUGUCCAUGGAAACUGAGAUGGGUGUUGAGAUGGCAUUUCUGGGCACUCGGGCUGGACUCAUGAGGAAUGCCCUAUAUGUGGGCUCUGAGAAAAUUUCCAACAGGAAAUUCCUGACACAGAAGGACAAGGAAAGUAUCUUCACCAUGGACCACUUCCCUCUGUGGUACCGGCGGGCAGCCGAGCAUCCCCCUGGGAGCUUCAUCUACAGCAUUGUCUCAGAAGAUGAUUCAGAGGGAAGUGGCCUGCCAAAAGUGGUGACAGUGAGCACGGCUGUGUCUGUGUCUGUGGAUGGGAAGAUGGGUAUUGCUGCAGCGGUGGGUGUGCAAAUCAAGCUGGAGUUGCUCCAACGCAAGUUUUGGAUGGCCAUGCAACAGCCCAAUGACAGUGAUUGCAGUGCCUUGGAGGGUGCCUGUCCACUAAGCUGUCAGGAUGAUAUUCUGAAUUGCUUCCUUAUUGAUAACAACGGCUUUAUACUCGUUUCCAAAAGACCUGCAGAGACUGGAAAAUUCUUGGGUGCAGUGGAUGGCUCAGUAAUGACCCAGCUGCUAAACAUGGGCAUGUUCAGGCGGGUGACCAUGUACGAUUAUCAAGCAAUGUGCAAAGUACCCUACCACCACCACAGCGGUGCCCAGCCUCUGCUCAGCCCAAUUUAUGCCUUUCUAGCUGCAGUGAAAUGGCUGAUAAGUGAUUUCCUCAUCUUCCUUUUGGAGUUUAACAUGAGUAGCUUCUGGCACUCAGACAACUUGGCAGAUGCCAAGGCUGUCUUCCAUCACUCUCACAAGCACAAGAAGCACGACAUCCUGCAGCCCUGUGACACUGAGUACCCUGUUUUCGUGUACGAGCCAGCCAUCAAGGAGACCAACGGGCUGAUCGAGUGUGGAGACUGCCAAAAGAUGUUUGUGGCACAGCAGAUCGCCAGCAGUAACCUGCUGCUCCUUGUCACAGACGCUGUAUGUGACUGCAGCAUCUUCCCGCCCGUCCUGCUGGAUGUGAAAGAGGUCAAAUAUAACGCUUCAGUGAAGUGUGAACGGAUGCGGUCCCAGAAGCUGAGGCGGCGGCCGGACACAUGCCACGCGUUCCAUCCUGAGGAAAACGCCCAAGACUGUGGUGGCACUGCUGAGAUCUCUGUCUCACCAACACUGCUCUUCCUGCCCCUGGUGCUGCUCCUGCGGUGACGCUGCCUGCACACACCUUAUACAGCAGAGACCCGGGAAAAGGGGGCUGCCACUGGCCAGAAUGGCAGGAAGGGAGGACAUGGGGGCUCAGGCUGUUUUGCAAUACCCACUGCAACAAACGGGGGACUUGAAGUGUUAACAAUGCGGUGCAGCACAUCCUUUGUUCUUCACCACACAGUCCAGCGUGGUGCCAGCAGUGGAAGCUGCUCCAUCUUCAAAAGCCCAUGGCAACAGUCCUGCGUGAGGACCAGCAGGCUCAGCUCCCGGCACACCACUUCCUGAGCUGCUCCUCCCAGCCACCAGCUCACAGCCAAGAUGGCCAAGAUUGUUGGCAUGGCAGAGACACUUUGGGGUAUAGAGGGCUCUGUGGAGCAGAUCUGGCCAUAGAGGAGCAAGAGGGACAAGGGAUGCUGUCUGCCUGUCCCACAGUGGAAGCCACCACGAUUUGGAGCAUCUGGGUCUGGAGCAGCCCAGGCAUAGCGCUGCCAGAACAGGGCCUUUGGUGGUCCUAGGAGGGAGGCAGCAUCUCCUGAGCUUGAUGUGGCCUUCAACCAGGACCACAGGGGCAGGACAUAGCACCUAACCUGAACUGCAGUAUUUAACAUGUAACUAGGCAAAGGAAAGUAGCACAGCUUGGCUAGUUAGCUGCAGCUAUGCCAGCUCUGCUGAGGAGAUCCCUCCUGACACUGCUGGCACAGCAUCCAGAGUCCUGUCCAGAUGCAGACAUAACCUCUGGGAAGGCGUUAUGGAUGACCCACCAAAAGUGGAGGUAUGCUUCCCACUGCCUGCUAGUUCACUGCACAAGCAGCUAAGAAAUGGGCACUUUCCCCUUGCAGCAGCACUGCCCUGCUCAUAGAAGCAGCCCCUGCCCAGCUGGUGGGCACGGGCCAUUUCUCAGAGAGCUUUAC